UUGGCCAGUCGAUGCGAUCUGAGACAGACGGUCAUGAUAGAUCUGCAUCCGUCGGACGGAGAUGUGUCGUUGCCGGAGUCGCGUUUCCUCUCCUCCGGACCGCAAAUCUUAAUAGGAGAGCAUAGCAGUAUAGCCGCGUCUCCCAAAUUCCGAUUCAGUCGAAAUGUACCCUCGCAAAACGUACAGCUACUUUUGAAAUUCUUGCACGGUGAACAAGAGCGCACAUCGAAAUGGAGAAUAUCAAUCCCAUGCCCGAAUCCCAGUAUGGGGAGGAAGACCCUGCGGCUGUAGACAAGGAAUGGGAUGAGUUCGCGAAACUCGUUGAAAGGAAAAAGAGCAACAAGCAGGAUCAAGCGUUUUAUCCUUGCCCAGGACCAGAAGAUGAUUACAUAAGCACGAUUAUGUAUGGCCGGUACAGCCGGCAACUGGGAGAAUUCGCACGAUUAGAAGCUCUAAAGCAAGCAGAAAAACGAAGAUUAAAAGAGGAGAAAGCCCGAAAGAAGGAGUUGAGAGGAUACCAAGGCAAAGUUGCGAAAACAGUGUCGUUCCUAUGGAAGCACACGUUCGCCCGUUUGGGCGAGGAUUGGGUGUUCUUGGCGCUGCUCGGCGUGAUCAUGGCAGUGAUAAGUUUUAUAAUGGACCGAGGGAUUUCUAUGUGCAACAAAGCCAGAAUAUGGUUGUUCAGAGAUUUGACGAACCAUCCGUUGGCACAGUACGCCGCCUGGGUAUCACUUCCGGUUUGCUUGAUUCUGUUCAGCGCCGGCUUCGUGCACCUGGUGGCACCCCAAUCAAUAGGUUCCGGCAUUCCAGAGAUGAAGACGAUCCUUCGAGGCGUCGCCCUGAAGGAGUAUCUGACGUUUCGAACGCUGGUUGCGAAGAUCGUUGGCCUCACGGCGACUUUGGGUAGCGGAAUGCCGUUGGGGAAGGAAGGCCCUUUCGUGCAUAUCGCUAGUAUCGUAGCUACACUGCUUAGUAAAUUAGUGACGGGAUUUCAAGGAAUCUAUGAGAACGAGAGUAGGACAACUGAAAUGUUGGCGGCUGCAUGCGCUGUCGGAGUCGCAAGUUGUUUUGCCGCUCCAGUCGGAGGAGUGCUGUUCAGCAUAGAAGUAACUACCGUCUAUUUCGCGGUGAGGAACUACUGGAGAGGAUUCUUCGCUGCCGUGUGCGGAGCUACCAUAUUCAGACUGCUAGCAGUUUGGUUCGAAGGAGCUGACACGGUCACUGCGGUAUUCAGAACGAAUUUCACGAUGGAUUUUCCGUUCGAUCCGCAAGAGCUCUUCGUAUACGCCCUAAUAGGAGUCGUAUCUGGUGUAGGCGGAGCCUUUUACGUGUGGGUACAUAGGCAAUACGUCAUGUUUAUGAGGAAAAACAAAGCAAUCAACAGUUUUCUACAGAAAAAUCGUUUCAUUUACCCCGGAAUUGUUUCCUUGAUGGUCGCAACGGUAUCAUUUCCUCUAGGUUUGGGCCAAUUCAUGGCUGGAGAUCUCACGACACACGACCAAGUGGUAAGUCUCUUCAGCAACUUUACCUGGACACGAACCAACUUAACAGUUGAAGAACAAGCUACCUUGAACCAUUGGGAAACACCUUAUACCGGAGUUUUAAUUAAUUUAACUUGUUUUAUAGCUUUUACGUUUAUAUUUUCGAUAAUAAGUUCAACGAUUCCAGUUCCUAGUGGAAGUUUUAUCCCGGUUUUCAAAAUCGGUGCCGCUUUGGGAAGAAUUAUCGGUGAAUGUAUGCACAUAUGGUUCCCAUCGGGAAUGAGGUAUGGAGGAUUGGUGGCGCCAAUCAUACCUGGUGGAUACGCAACUGUAGGAUCUGCAGCAUUCAGUGGAGCUGUCACGCAUACGAUUUCCGUUUCCGUGAUAGUUUUCGAGAUGACCGGACAAAUUACUCAUAUUAUUCCUAUAAUGAUUGCUGUAUUGAUUUCGAACGCCAUAGCUAGUCUCCUAGCUCCGAGCAUGUACGACAGCAUUAUUUUGAUCAAGAAACUUCCGUAUCUUCCUGAUCUGCUGCCUAGCAGCAGCGGAAUGUACAAUAUUUGUGUGGAAGAUUUCAUGGUUCGAGACAUCAAGUACAUCUUCCACACUAUCAAUUACGAACAAUUAAAGACGAUUCUGAAGGAAUCGAGACGAUUGCAAAGCUUCCCAUUGGUUGAUAGCCCGGAUAACAUGGUCCUUCUUGGAUCCAUUCAAAGGAUACAGUUGAUACAGUUAAUCGAGCAGCAGAUAGGAAGAGAGAGGAGACUACAGGUGGCCGCAAUUAGGCAGAGAGAGGCCCAGGAAAGGGCGAGGGAAGAGGCCGAGAGAAAGGCUAGAGAACGUCAAAGGAGACCAUCCAGGUUCCAGGUUGUACCGGCGCCUGAUGUCUUAGGCGUGAAGCAACUCUCCGAAAAUCAAUUAAACAUGGAUAGACCAACCACUUACCAUCAUCCAAUUUUCAACAGUCAACCGAAGAAAUCUAUUUUAAAGAAAACCAAUUCUUUCACGCUGAAAGGUUUUACUCCGCUAAUGCAAACCAGUCCAGGUUCGACGCCCUACACCACUGUGACAGGGGCUGAGAGCCGAAUGCGUUUGGCUUUCGAAGCAAUCUUUAGGAAAUCGAGCCAGUUACAAGAUGUUAACGUAGAAAGUACUCCAACUUUAGAUGGAAAUAAUUUAGAAACUAAGCCACAAAUUGUACCAAUGAGUCCGAGCUCCAAGAAAGUCCAACUACCGCGCGAGAGAGUUUGCGAUAUGUCUGCAGAUGAUCAGAGAAGCUGGGAGGAAGAGCAGAUGUCUUUACCUGUAGACUUCACGACAUGUCAUAUAGACCCAGCUCCGUUCCAACUCGUGGAAAGGACUUCUCUGCUGAAAGUGCAUUCGCUAUUCUCGAUGGUGGGCGUGAACCACGCUUACGUGACGGCCAUAGGGAAGUUGGUGGGCGUGGUCGGAUUGAAGGAAUUAAGGACGGCCAUCGAAGAUGCGAACAGUGGCAACCUUCCACCUCACGUUGACGUGAAUUCAAACGGUGCUACGAGCAGUUCGGACGUCAAGGAACCACCUAGUGAUAACGAAAAUGACGUUACCACGGCUCUAGUUUCUAAAGUGUAAAUUAUUGUUUAAAACAUGCAAAAAUUCAAAGUGAUCGAAAUUAAACAAUUUAAUUUAAUUAAUCGUGAAAAACAGUAUUUCUACUAAUUCGUAUUGCACGAGCAGAGGAUAAACUUCUGCUUCUGCAAAAUUGGUGUAAUUUUAACAAUGUUAUUGAUAUAUUAUUUAUGAAAAUUAAAUAUAA